UGAAUUAUUUGUAGAAUCUAUUAUUACUUUCAGAUCACAGAUGAAUACGGAAAUCCAAUUCCAUUGUCCAUUCAAGAGACUCGACAGCUUCUCUCACAGGGACAUUUUAUCAGCCAAUUGAAUGACAGUCAGAUUAUUAGAGUUCAUCCUGGAAUGUUUGCGCAACAAUUCCAAGCCUUAAAUAUCCAUGUCGAUGAAGAUACUAUAGACGAAAGCGGAAUCACAAUGCGUCCAAACACGACCAAGAACGAGGCAAUAUCGGCAAUUCAAGCAGAUGCGGAAGCAAUUGUUCAGGCGCUUGAGGAUGAGAAUACCGAUGCUACGACCGUUGCGACGAUCAAUCAACUUGGGAAUAUUGAACAGGCUGGACUGCCGGAUGGUGGACAAGCGAUCGAAUUCAUGACUCAGGAUGGACAGAAGGUUCGCGUCUUAACAUCGUAUCCUAUCGAUCCGAUUCAGCUAGCUUCAGAGUACCUGACUAUUGUGUAACGAAAGGAAAAUUAAUAAAUGCGUUCGUGAUCAAUGCCGUCUCUAUUGUGAAUAUUUUGACUCUCUAUCGAAUCAUUAGAAAUUUAUAUAGAUUUAUAAUCGCAAAAAACUUUAAGAGAUUCUUUGAUAUCUUCAUUCUAACACGAUUGUGUUAAAUAUAAUCUUGCUACUUGUAACGUUUCUAUUAAUGGUGUAGUUUAUCCGAAAUUAGAGCGGAGCUAUUACGUCUAAGCACAAAAUCUUUUAAAUUGUUAAAAGAUAUAAACGCGAUAACGUUUACAAAUUAAAAACAGUGU